CGGUAUCGUUCAAAAUCUAGAGAAUCUAGGUUCCGAACCGUAGAUUCUCGAGCUGCGAGUUACAACCCCUUCCUCGGGGGAUUGCGAAGAAUUUCUGCGGAUAUCUGCAGUCGUAAUGAAAAUCUUUAACGCAUAUUUGUUUCGGGACGGAAUUAGAGUUGCAAGUUAUUUGGCUGUUAUGAAAGGGAGCUAGGUACUAAAUUUGUUAUCGACGAAGAGGAACCGUUAUAAUUUUUAAUUAGCGAUCCAUAGGAACAAGGAUGAUAGCGUUCGAGUCUGAUCAGAAAACAGGAAGCUGGCGUUUGAUAAUUCUGAACAGCGGCAUGUCGUUCGUCGCGUCCGCUUUCAUUGCGUUGUUAGUCGUAAAAAAACCGUCGAAUCGUGUGCAGGGCACUUAGCAAUGCGGUGCACGUCGCUUCUGUUGCUGCUGUGCAUUCUCAACUGCAUCACGCUCGUGUUCACGAUAUGCACCGUGAACGAACAGGAACGAGCGCCUGGAGAUCAUCUAGACUGUUUCAAUGCCAGUAUGGAAGCGAUAAUGAAUCACACGAAGACGGACGUGUUGACGAUAAUGAUCUUGAAGUCGCAUUUGCCGUACAUUCGGGCUCGUGCUUUUCUAAAAUACGCCAGGAGCGUGCAGUCACUGAACAUCAAUAACUGCAACGUAUCUAACAUCGAUCCUGCUGCAUUCGAAGGGUUGGUCAGUCUGAAGAAACUCAGUUUAUCAAACAACAAGAUUACGGCAGUGAGAGAGGAAUGGUUCAAGGACACGGUGUACUUGGAGCAGCUGGACCUGUCGUUUAAUCAAAUUUCCAAGUUCGAGCCAGCGAUCUUCGGCAGGCUGUUACUUCUCAAGCGAUUCGACGUUAGAGAGAAUCUUUUAACAUGUUUGGAUCCUUUCGUGCUGCCUGGUGGUAUCGACAAAGUUUACUUCUCUGGAAAUCCUUUAACUUUUAAAUGUCGAGGAAAGCUAACUCUGUGGAUGCGGGACCAUGGCGUAAACUACAGGACCGAGCAGAGCCAGAAGGAAGCGUGGUUGGAUAAGCUGCUUUGGCUCUGCGCCAUCAACGACGAGAAGGUGGCCGAAUCGGAGGACCUGAUGAAAGAAUGCGUUAUCCUGAAUCUAUUCAAUCAGCUUCGCACAGGCUUGAGCACUGCAGAAUCUUAUCCUCUCCAGGACGUGUCCCAGGAGUGUGUGAACGCGAGAAAUCUCUUGACCGAUUGCAUAGUCACCGAUACACGGAAAUACGAUACGUUCACGAACGGAAACGUGAUUAAAAACCUCCUUCUAUACUUGUAUCAGGCUAAAUCAAGCAUCUGAGUACGAAGAACAUCAGCGGAAACAUUUGCAUUAUUUUAAUUCUUUGAUUUGUAGAAUCUAGUCUCGCUAUUCAGAUUAUCGCAAAAUAAAUCGUUAUUGAAAUAGA